CAAAUGACAGGAAAGAAAAGAGACCGUUAAAAAGCGAAUUACAACAGGUUUCAUUUCUCAUUGUGAGGAGGAACCCCACCCAGACACAACCGACAUUUAGGACUAUGGCUUCCUCCACCUCAUGUGAUGUUCUCCCUACAGGAUGCAGGAUCUUCACAACUGUUCCUGAUAUUUUCUUCCUCCCAGAGUUUGUGUUUGGAGGUUUGGUGUGGAUCUUGAUAGCAUCGACUGAAAUCCUUCAACCCAACCCUCUUGGCUGGGUGAUGUUUGUGUCCGUCUUCUGCUUUGUCGGAACGUCACUCUGGUUCUUCAUCUUCCUCUGUGGAGGCAAUCAGUCCAGCAUCUGGCCCGGUCUGGAUGUCUGUUUCCAUUUUGUGGCAGUGGUUUUCUACCUCAGCGCAUCAGUGAUUCUUGCCUACAUCACCAUUCUUCACGCGUCGGUCAGUGGGCUUUCAAGUCAACUUCUCAAAAUCUACAGACUGGAGAUUUCCGCAGUGGUGAUGUCACACGUGGCCACGCUUCUCUACUUCGUUCACACCAUUUUCUCCGCCAUUCGAUGGAAGAGGUCCUAAAGUCAAACACCUAUCACCACAAAGGAAGAUAACCGGAUUACCUGUCGCCGUACUGAACACUCUAUGGCUCUUUGUGUUUUACCCUUCUUUCAAAAAUAUUUCAUCAAUUCUUUUUUAUUCAUAAUAAAAUUGAACAAAUUAGUAGAUGACA